UGCACUGGAAAACAUAAUCUUAACUCCCAAGCCUGUCAAUUUCAUGCAGAUUUUGUGAGCAUCAAUUGUUGUGCUGCAUUAAAUUCUACGGACAAGAACAAUAUAAGUUGGAUACCAGAUUAUGGAUGGUUCCCCAAUGAUGCAAAUUGCCAGAAUAUAACCAGGGCAGCAAAUCAUACGGGCUAUGAUAAAAUUCGGUUUUUCCAAAUUGAUUCUGGGAAGAGAUGUUAUAACUUGCCAACAAAUAAGGACCAAGACUAUCUAAUAAGGGGUACAUUUCUUUAUGGAUAUUCAGUGGGAUUUUCGCUCUCCUUUGAUGUUUUGAUUGGUGUCACACGAAUAAGCACAGUGAAAUCGUUUAAGGAUUUGAAGGCGGAGGAUUUGAAGGUAGAGGGCAUUUUUAGAGCAACAAACCAGCAUAUGGACUUUUGCUUAGUGCAUGACAAGGGAAGUCCAUACAUUUCACAGCUUGAACUCAGGCCCCUGGAAGAUUCAGUGUAUUUACAGAGAAAAGCUACGACUGUUUUGAAAUUGGUUAGUAGAAUUGGUGUAGGAAAUGCAGGAGAUGGUAUCAGGCACCCAGACGACCACUUUGAUAGAAUUUGGGAAAAUCCAAACAAUGAAAGAAUAUUCAUAUCACCAGAUUCAACACCAGCUAGAUCCAUUAUCUUUAAUGCCAGCACAACAGUGCCUCUUAAAGUUCUCAAAACAGCACUGACACAUCAAGACAGAUUGGAAUUCAUACACAACAGCCUUAAUGCAGAAGAUCACAACUAUACUCUGUUCCUCUACUUUCUUGAGCUUAAUUCCACUAUAUCACCUCGACAAAGGGUGUUUAACAUCUACGUUAAUAAUGAGCUUCGUCACAAAGAAUUCGACAUACAAGCCAAUGGAUCAUACUAUAAUGAAGUUGAAUUGAAUGUCAUAGCAAAAGAGUCUCUAAAUUUGACCCUAGUCAAGGUCAAAAAUAGGUCUGUCUUUGGACCCAUUUUAAAUGCUUAUGAGAUCCUACAGGUGUACCCAUGGGUUCAAGGAACUAAUCAGCAAGAUGUGGACACAAUAGAGAUGGUGAAAAAUAAACUGCUGCUGCUUAACAAAGAAAAUCUAGUGUUGCAGAGUUGGUCAGGAGACCCAUGUAGUCCUCUCCCUUGGAAAGGUCUGACAUGCCAACAAAUGAAUGGGUCCCCAGUGAUCAUCAGGCUGAAUAUUUCCUCAAGUAAUCUAAGAGGCCCGCUUCCAGCCAAUAUUACAGGGCUGACCAACCUAAUGCAGUUAAAUGUUAGCCACAAUGACUUCACUGGCAAGAUACCAGAAUUCCCAUCAUCCUCCAAGUUAACAUCAGUGGAUCUCAGCUCCAAUGAUCUGGUUGGAUUUCUUCCAAAUUCUUUGACCUCACUUCCAAAUUUGACUUCAUUAUAUUAUGGCUGCAAUGCUCAUUUCAGCAAAGAGUCUCCGAGUUUUAACAGCUCAAGACUUGCUACAGACUAUGGGGCAUGUGAAAGACAAGGAUCAACAAGUGAAAUACAAGGAAUAGUCAUAGGCACUGUUGCAUGUGGAUCCUUCAUAUUAGCACUUGGAGUUGCUUUAAUUUGCAUUUACAGACAAAAGUUCCUCCCUCUGGCAAAUUUUGAUGGAAAUCGACACCCUAUGACAAGGAAUGCCAUUUUCUCUCUUCCCAGCUCGGAUGAUGUAGAUUUCAAGUCGAUAACUAUUCAAGUGUUUACACUAGAAUACAUUGAGAAUGCCACCCACAAGUAUAAAACCUUAAUAGGUGAAGGUGGUUUUGGAUCAGUAUUCCGUGGCAUACUGCCUGAUGGUCAAGAAGUGGCAGUGAAAGUCCGAUCAUCCACCUCAAUUCAAGGAACUCGGGAAUUUGAGAACGAGCUAAACCUUCUUUCAUCCAUCCGUCAUGAGAAUCUGGUACCCCUUCUUGGUUAUUGUUGUGAAAAUGACCAACAGAUCCUUGUCUAUCCAUUCAUGUCCAAUGGCUCUCUGCAAGAUCGCCUAAAUGGGGAAGCAGCUAAAAGGAAGACUCUGGAUUGGCCAACCAGACUUUCUAUUGCUCUUGGUGCUGCUCGAGGUUUGACACAUCUUCAUACAUUUGCUGGCCGUUGCAUUAUACAUCGAGAUGUAAAGUCAAGCAACAUACUUCUAGAUCAAAGCAUGAAUGCCAAGGUGGCAGACUUUGGCUUCUCAAAAUAUGCUCCUCAGGAAGGGGACAGUGGUGCUUCUCUAGAAGUAAGAGGAACUGCUGGGUACUUAGAUCCAGAGUACUAUUCAACACAGCAUUUAUCAGCAAAAAGCGAUGUCUUUAGCUUUGGGGUGGUUCUCCUUGAAAUUGUAAGUGGUCGGGAGCCUCUCAACAUUCACAGGCCACGGAAUGAAUGGAGCUUGGUUGAAUGGGCAAAACCCUUUAUAAGGGAGUCAAAGAUUGACGAAAUUGUGGAUUCUAGCAUAAAGGGAGGGUAUCAUGCAGAGGCAAUGUGGAGAGUGGUGGAGGCUGCAUUGGCAUGCAUUGAGCCCUUCUCUGCUUAUCGACCAUGCAUGGCUGACAUUGUUAGGGAGUUGGAGGAUGCUUUGAUCAUAGAAAACAAUGCAUCUGAAUACAUGAAGUCCAUAGACAGCAUAGGGGGGUACAGCUUGGGAGGUUCCAAUCGUUUCUCCAUAGUCAUAGACAAGAAGAAUGUUCUACCACCACCCACUCCAACCCCAACAGAACCCUCACCAAUUAAUUCACAAGCCUUGGCUCCCCUAGAACCAAGAUAGUAGAAGGCUUGACAAUAUGUUAAUUCGUGAAUUACAAUCAGUUUAGUUGCAUCAUAUGAAAAACCAU